GAAGUGUCAUCCGUGAUAAUUCUCACCCUCUUCUUAUUUUCUUAUAAUAUUCAUAUUUUAAAGUUACUGAAGGAAAUGGGGCUAUCGCAGAGUUCAGAAGUGUCAGAGGGAGGAACGUAUGGAUACCAUGUGCACGGCGUGCAGCCAAAUUCCCCUGCAGAACAGGCCGGACUGCAGCCCUUCUUUGACUUCAUUCUGUCUUUGGACAAUAAAAGACUUAAUGAGGAAAAUGAGCUGCUGAAGGAGCUCCUGAAGGCCAACAUGGAGAGGGCAGUGAAAAUGGAGGUUUACAGCACGAAAAGCACAAGGGUUCGUGAGCUGGAGGUGGUGCCGAGUAACAUGUGGGGAGGACAGGGCCUGCUGGGUGCCAGUGUUCGCUUCUGCAGCUACCAAGGAGCCAGUGAGAACGUCUGGCACGUCCUGGAUGUGGAGGCGAGUUCACCUGCUGCGCUGGCCGGACUUCAGCCACACAGUGACUACAUUGUUGGAGCAGAUCAGGUGUUGCAAGAUUCGGAAGACUUCUUCUCACUGAUCGAGGUCCACGAAGGGAAGCCGCUGAAGCUGCUGGUGUACAACACACAAACAGAUGGCUGCAGGGAGGUGGUGGUGACACCAAAUGGAGCGUGGGGAGGAGAGGGCAGUUUGGGCUGUGGCAUUGGUUACGGAUACCUGCACCGAAUCCCUGCAAAUCCUAAUAUAUCAACUCCAAAGCCUCCCACCCCUGUUCCUGAGGAGAAACCCUCUCCAACACUGCCCACACAUGGAUUCACAGAGGCGCCUCUAAUGGCUCCUUCAAGCCAAACUGAAGAUGUACUGGACCUGGAGCAGGUCACCCUCCAGGACGCUUCUCUACCUCCACCCAUCCAGAGAGUCAUGGACCCUGGUUUCUCAGACUCUGAAGUGGCAGUGAUGAACCCUGAUGCUGCAGAUCUGGUGGACAGGCUGGAUCUGUCCAUGUCGUCCAUCGACAUGACCAACACUUCACUGGCUAUGCACGAGGAGAAGGACGGUGAAAUCUCUGGUGUUGAGGAGCUGGAGGACAGUGUACUGCUCUCAUCAUCGGCUGAUGACCAGACUGAGUCACAAGAGCUGAGCUCCCAGGUGGCCACGGACCUCGCCUCUGCUCUCGCUUCCACUGACAUUUUGUCUGAUUCAGGCUUCCCACCAGCUGAACCGUAUCAUCUGCCCACAGAGUCCACGGACCUACAAAGCUUUCUCAUGGAGUCUAGCGAGAGCCCAAGUCCACCUAUGGGUGAUUUGUCUCUCCCUGUAGACUCCCCUGACCCUCCUGCUGAGCCCUCUGUCCCGGCCGAAGACCCUCCCUGCCCAUCUCCUAUCGAUGUCCUCCAGGCCUCGGCUGCUGACGAGUCGACGGCAGACGACUCUCCCGCUCAGGCUGUCGAGGAUCCGACAGGGUCGGAGGAGGAGUCUGCAGAGCCUCUGGAUGUGGCUCCUGCGCAGCAGUGCAGCCAUGAGCACGAUGACGAGGAGCCAGAGGAACCACAUCUGGAUUAAGCUUGUGUCAGGCUGAACACAAAGUACAAAAAACGCAAAGUUAGCUCGACGAUCACUUUUUAAAUGUUUUUUAAACAUUUUUAAACACUUUAGAGGAAAUACAGGACAGACCAAGGAAAAGCUGAUAGUCUUAGUUACACUACAGAAACCAGCUGCAGCAUUAACAUAUAAGUAGAAAAUACUUUGAGGCACUGUAGGAAUAUCCUACAUGUUUUAUAUGUGAGAAUUUUAAGUUACAGCCAAAAAGGAUGAAAUGUUUCGACACAUUUUUUCCUUGUCUGGUCAAAAUUAAGAUUAUACGGGUGACGAGACUUUAUUUCUGGUACACUAAUGUGACGACUACUUGAAUACUUCCAAAGAUAAACACUUAGUAUGUGAAAAACACACGUCAUGCAUUUACUACAGCAAAGACCAGCUGCACCUCAACAUCUGUAACACUAUCAAAGUUUUUAAAGCUAAGGCAUUUUAGAAUUGUAACAGUCUGAUGGUGCAGUUUUUUUAUCUGUUGAAGAAGCAUCAUCCACAUGAUUUCACAAGUAAGAGCUUUUAAGCUCAAGUAUAAGAGGGACAUUUACAUUUAUUGGGCUUUAAAAUGUUUUGUUGUGGGAUGAGGGAAAUAUUUGUCCACUUGCAUUAAGUUAAAUCAGUCACUACAUGUUUUUACAGCACAUCUGUCGUCAGUUUAAUUUAUUGCAGUCUGUGAUCAAUUUGAAAGCCAUUUAAAUCCCUGGUAAACUGGAAUUAUGUCCCCAUGUUUCAUUUUAUAUUAUUUUCACCUUGUAAUCUAUGCAACCGUAGACGAGAACUGCUUGUGACCUUACGGGCAAUGCAUUUGUAAUGUAAAUCCAAUAGAUGACAAGCCUUUUCAUAUAUGUAAUACGUCUGGUAACAGUAAUACUGCUGAUUCAUAGUUUUGUUUUUCUAGGGGGCUACUUAAUGUUUUUCACUGUCGACGUAGGUGUUAGUGUGUAAAAUAAUGAAAAGUAUUUUUGCAGAUAUUUUAUCAAUGAAUCGUAUGUUUUAUUAGGAAUGAGUGCAGAGUCUUUUGAUGAAUGUGAAAUGGGUGAAUCUUUGAUGGUUAAACAAUCGUAUCACUUGACUUAAAAAAAGAAAAAAAAAAUUGUCCCUUGUUUUGUCUUAUUUCACACAUUACAACUCAAGAAACAUCCAUCUAUAAUUCCCAUAAAUCUCAGUGUUAAACCAUUCCAAUUUAUUUCUCUGAAUGCCUAAAAUAUACAUAUUUCACAAAUUAUUACAACAGGGAUAUUGCAGUGUUAUGGCCUAAUUACGGUACCCAAUCUGUUUUUGGCCAAUUACAGCUCGCUUGAUGCGUUCCCACUGCAGCGUUACACACACUCCUCAUGGCAAAAAUGAACUCCAGAACAUUUACAAUGAAAGGAUUCGUUGUUCUGCUUGGUGACACACUAAGAGAGAAAAUGGGUAUUAGUGUUUAUUUCACUUUGGUGAAUUUCCCACAGUGGUUGAAUGUUCAUAUAUUCUCUUGGAUGAGAUUCCCCUUCAAGUUAUAUUUAUGUUUCAUUGAACUCCUAUUGAAUCUAAACGAAAUAUACAUUAGGAACAGCCCUCACUGUCAGCAAAGUCACUGCUCAUGAGCCAAGCACAGAGCAAGUAAGCACGAGUUAUUGUUAAAGAUAUAUACCUUAUAUAUAAUUUCCCCAAUGACUUGGACGACUACUGACAUUCUUCAGAGUAAACUGCAAUCUCUGGGUUGUAGUGAAUACAACAAAUGCAAUUUUUAAACAUCCAAGUCAAAUUACCUUCAUGACCACGAAUGUGCUCUAGGGAUUUGGAAAAAUAACUUGGUUUUUAAGUAAACUGUACAACAACAAAAUAAAACUGCUGCAAAACCAAAAAAAUAAUAAUCAGUCAAAAAUGUUGUACAUAUAUUUACAAAAAAAGAAAAAAAAGAAAAAAAGAAAAGAACAUUCAGUCCAUUGAGAACAGCACAGCUAAACAGAGGAGACAAAGACAAGCGCUUCUGUCAAUGAAGUUCAAUGAUUAGACGUCUAAGCCGAGGUUAAGUUCAGGUUAAGAUGGACGACGUUGACAACAGAACAGGUUAGGAUCGCUUUGAGGAACUGUGAUGCUACACAGAGACCAACCGUACUCCUAAACUGGUGAUACUGCUGAGACGGGUGUGGAGUGUUUGUAGAACAAGGACAGUUUCUGGAAUGUACUAGAACAGUCUACUACAUCCAUGUGUAUAUAUAUACAUACACACUCACACACACUCACACACUCACACACACUCACUCAGACACA